UCCGCGGGAUCUGCCUGUUGCGCGGUCCAGGUCUCGAUCUUUCCCAGAGUCGCGCAAAAAUCCUCGACUUCGUCGUGGUUUAGUCACUUCUCUCGUUGAAGGACGAAAAGAGAGAAAAAAAGAAAGAAAGACGUAGUGCCGCCAUCUCAACGAUCGUACAAACCUUCGGGGAUCUUCUACCCUCUCGUCGUAAAUUACAUUUUGGAAUUUAUAUCCCCAAACGACGUUUUGGCGAGAAAAGUGGGUCGAGUACAAAUCUCCCCCACGCAUUGGUCCCCACUUAUCGCGGUCGAUCCAGGAGUCUGUCAGUGGCGUAUCGCACAAGUCCUCGGGAGAAUCAUCGUGCUCGUCCGGCGGACGACAAGUCGUCGGUUAACACAACGUGUCAAACGCGAGAGCGUCUUUGAAGAUUGAGACAAAAGUAGGAUUUCCUCCCUUUCCCAGUAAAGAAAGGAGCUUGCUGAGCAAAGAUGCCUGGCGCCGGUGGUCAGCCACCGCAGAGGACCACCUUCCGACCCCCAUGGGUCAAGGAUGGUCCCAGUCCGUUGCCUAUGCCCAGCGCGCCCUGGACCCUUAAUUCCCGCCGGGAUUCUAAGCCUAAGACAGACGAGGUUCCUGCUUUCUCCCAAGUCACCUUGAAGAGUGUGCCGAAACCUGCAGAGCCAACACCACCUUCAACAGAUGGACAAUCACGCAAGCAGAGCAAAAUCACGAUAAUACCGAAGCAACCUAACAGUGAGAAGAUACCAAGUGGUCGACCAGUGCCGGCGAAGUUACGCGAGAAUGGACGACAGGAGCCAAAUUCGAGGCCGCAGCUUGAACGACAGAUACGCAUUGAGAGAUCUCGAUCACGAGGUGACAGUAUACCACUCUCGAAAAGUGAGAGCACCACAGGCGCACCAACCUUGUCGAAGAGCUCAUCGCGAGCAAACUUUCCGCCACCACCACCUCCGCGACCGCCUCCACCACCGCCUGCCAGGACGAUCCUCAAGGACCUUCCUCCGCUGAACGAGGAUCAAAUGGAGAAGCUGGAAGCACUGAAAUCCAGGCCGAGAAAACGGCCGGACUGGGCUUGCAUGAUGAAAGAAGUCGAGAGUGGCAUAAAGCUCAAACACGUCAAGUGCAAUGAUCGAAGCGCACCCCUGAUCGAGAGGGUGAACAAGGUCACGGCCGAUCCAGCAGGCAAGGCUCACUUCGUAUUCGAAUCUGAAAAAUCGAAUAUGCACAAUCAGCUGCUGAAGCAGAUCCAGCAGGGCGUGAAACUCAAAACCGUGAAAACCAACGAUCGUUCAAGGCCGAUGCUGGAAGGUCUUAGAAAAUUCCGACGGCAAUUAACUAUAGAGGAGCAAAUACAGAAAGCCGAGGAAACAUCCGUAGACGUUGAAAGUCAGGACGAAAUGGACGACAUAGACGCCGUAAGGGAUGAUUUGCAAAGCACCAAACAGAUGCUCGCGUUGGAGUUGAGAAACAAAGAAGCCUUGGAACGAGAUAACAAACGAUUGCAGGCGAGACUUUUGAAUCUUGAAGCAGAAGUGGAACAUGUGAAGCUUCAAAAGAAUGCUCAGGAAAACAAGCAACAAGACGAGAAACUCGCGGAAUCCUUGAGGGAGGAAGUGCAGCAAGCAAGAAAGGAUGCAGAAAAGGCCGAAAAAGAAUACGCUACCGCUGCCGAGGAAAGAGAUAAGGCUAAAAAUGAGUUAGAAGAAAUGAAAAGAAUGUAUGCAGCGUUGGAAAAGCGCAUGAAAGCUGAAGGACUUGCAUCAAUUGAAGCUGAACCGAUAAUAGAGCUAGUAGAGGAUUGGGAAGACGUAGGCUGGUACAAUGUUACAGGAAUGGCACUGGCUGGUUGUCCAAGCGCAAAGGACGUAGCUAAAAUCGCAACGCAAAAGAGCAUAGAUAAACAGGAUGUUCACAGCACGAGCGAGGAAGAAGAGGAAAGUACAGAAGAAGAAGAUGAAGACGAGAAUCCAAAAAUUGCGGCAGAGAAACGUGCGCAGAGAGAAAUCAAGCUACUUAUUUCAAAAAUUAAGAGUUUCAAGGACAAAGCUAUAAAUGCCAGAAAAGAAAGGCACGCGCUGAAGGAGCAAAUCAAACAGCAACAGAAAUUAUUAAAGGAAGAAAAGAAAAAAUAUAAACAAUUGCAGAAGCAAGUGGAUAAAAUGGCAAAGCUGAUGGGGGAAACUGACGAGGAAGAAGAGGAAGAGGAAGAAGAAGAAGAGGAUGAAAAUGAGGAAGAGACGGAAUCUGAAGAAGAGUCGGAAUCUGAAGAAUCUGAAGAAGAGGAAUCUGAUCCUGACGACGAAGAGGCACCUCUUGACAAGCGUAAAAACAUUCUGGAAAAACAUGUCAAGAAACACGAGGGACGACUGGCGGCUUUGAAAAAGGGAAACUAUCUGCUUAAGGCGCAAGUAGACAGAAUUAAGGAUAAUCUAGUGAAGCAGCGAGAGGAUAGUCUCAGUCUGCAAGAGGAUCUUGAUUCCGUCUUAGCAGAACUAGGUUAAACUAGAGUGGAGAAUAAUUUCCAAAAAUGCAGAGAUUGUAUGCACAAUUUAUAUAAAUAUCACGUAUUGAAAUAUAGAUAAUUGUACGAAAGAGAAAAGAUAAUUACACACAUGCACACAUACACAUAUUCGAAUUGAAUAAUUUCCACAAGAAACAUCGAUAUAUCCACCAUAGAGAUGUUUACUGAUUUUGUCGCAAAAAACACUAUCCUAUUGCAUAAAAUUUUUAUUACAGCAGCCUUCAAUUCCGUGAAAUUAAAUGUAAUAAAAGCCUAUAUUAAUUAAUGCUAAAUAAACGUGAUUUUUCCAGCUCAUAAUAAUUUCGCCCACAAUAAUUUUUUCAUGAUAAAUUACUCUUCACACAUCGUAUAAACACAUUACCACAUAUUACACAUAAUUAUAUAUUACAUGCAUAAUCGUAAUAUCAUGUUUUUAUUAUUUAUUAGCAUUAAAUGAAAAAUAUGGGCUGAAAACUUUAGCUAACAAAGACUGAUAAUUUAGAAGGCUACGUAAAUGUUCAUGGAAUAGGAAUAAGUAUCGCACUUUCAAAGAUAUAUAUAUUAACAUUAACUGAAACUGUUAAUAUCUUUUGAUAUUAAUUAAAACUUUUAAAUUGUUAAUUUCUUUAACAAUUGUAUUGUAAUGGAGAGAACGAAUAUUUUUACAUAUAAGCGCGUACAACACUACGUGGUAAUUAUUUUUAUUUUGCGACUUGUAAUGGACAUCUCUGUGCAAAUUACCGCGAAAUAUCGAAUAUUCAUUAUUCGAGAUCGUGGAAUAAUCAAUUGCGAAAUAUUUAUUUUCUUGCGAUAUCUAAGAUAAAAAUGCUUCAUUUUUUACAUAAAUAUAUUUAAUAUAAAAUUAUAAAUUAAUUACGCAUUGAUAAAGAAACAUAGUUUAAUAAUACAAUAUAUAGAGAAAGAAAAAAUUGUUAUUUUUAAAGUGCCAGGAUAUCGUGAAUUACGCGAUAUAUAUAUAUAUAUAUAUAUAAUAUAUAUUUUUAAGACACAUUUCUCUGCAUACUGCAUCUUUAUUAUUAUAAUAUUAUUAUUCGGAGUUAGAAGAUGUCUUUUUUAUUUCAGGACAAAUUUUAUCCACAUUGGAUGAGUCCGAAUAGAUUUUCAAAUAUAUAAUCGCCCGUGUUGGUCAUCAAUUUUAACUAUAA